CCAUCCUCCUUCCUCCUUUCCUCCUUCCUCCCCCUCUAUUUAUAUCCCCAAAUGCCUCCUUUUCCUUCCCUUAACUGCUUGUCAACACAAAUCAAGACUCCUUGUGAAGAAUACCUAAAGUUUUAGAGUGAGCGAGUAAAUUGCCAAUGGGCGAGAAAGGUGAGGAUAAGGAGAAAAAAGGAGGAGAUGGAGCAAAGAAGGAAGGAGGCGGCGGCGGUGGCGGUCCAGUUACCGUCGUUCUCAAAGUCGACAUGCAUUGUGAGGGAUGCGCCAAGAAAGUGAAGAAAUCCGUUAAAAACUUCGAAGGUGUUGAAUCGGUGGCGGUGGAUCAUGCCAGUAACAAAUUGACGGUGAUUGGGAAGGUGGACCCCGCCAAGAUCCGAGAUCGUGUGGAGGAGAAGACUCGCAAGAAGGUGGAACUCAUCUCCCCCAAAAUCAGCCCAAAGAAGGACAAUCCCUCGUCGGAGAAGAAAGCCGACGCCCCCGCCGCCGCCGGCGGAGAUGGCAAGAAACCUGAUGAGAAGAAGGCCAAACAAGUGACGGCGUCGACGGUGGUGCUGAAGAUAAGGUUACACUGCGAGGGAUGCAUAUCGAGAAUUCGAAAAACGAUAAUGAAAAUUAAAGGGGUGGAGAACGUAGGGUUUGACUCGGCGAAGGAUCUGGUGACGGUGAAGGGGACGAUGGACGUGAAGAGCUUGCCGGAGACGUUGAAGGAGAAGCUCAAGAGAAGCGUUGAGAUCGUGCCGGCGAAGAAGGAUGACGGCGGUGCUGGUGGGGACAAGAAGAAAGACGGCGGUGGCGGUGGCGGAGGCGGAGGCGGAGGCGGAGGUGAGGAGAAGAAGGAGAAAGGCGGUGGCGGUGAUGAGAAGAAGAAAGACGGUGGUGGUGGUGUGGAGAGGGAGAAGGAGAAGGCGGCGGCUGCGGCGGUGGCACCGGCGAUGGCGGUGCCGGUGAUGGAAGCGAACAAGAUGGAGUAUUACUCGCCGUACGGUGGAGGUUACCGCAUUGAGAUGGUUCAUGCGCCGCAGUUGUUUAGUGAUGAGAACCCUAAUGCUUGUUCCGUGAUGUAAAGGAGCGGUGAGGUUACCGGAGGUGAUCAGAAUAAUGAGGGUAUAAUAAUAUUAUAACAAAAUUAAUAAUAAAUUAAUAAUAGUAUAUAUAUAUAUAUAUUUAAAUGUAAAUAAAAAAAAUUAGGUGGGAAAGGUGGUGGUUGUGUUUGGUUCGAUUUUGUAAUUUUUUUUUUUUUGUUUAUUGUUUAAUUGAGGUUAAAUGAGAUCAAUGUAUUUGUUGUUC